UUCGGACGGCGCGGGCCGGCGCCCGGAUAUCCCUCACCGACAGCUCCCCUUCCCACCCGGAGAGAGGCAUCGGCCCCCAAGGGGGGCUUCCUCAGGCAGCCUCUGCCACUCCUGCAUGGCUGCGACCCACCGAGCGGAGCGUCGUGGUAGCUGAGACCUGGUGCCCUUCGACGGCCUGGCUGAUCCGGGACCCUGCCGCAGAGCGUGCCCCACUGGGGACCCCCAGCUCAGCCAUGCUGGCCUGUCUGCAGAGGACCCAGAACCCCCCAGGCCAACACCUGGCCCGCCCGAGCAAGAGCCUGGAGCUACGCAAGUGCGAGGCGGUGGCCAGCGCCAUGCAUUCCUCCCGCUACCCAAGCCCGGCAGAACUGGACGCCUAUGCCGAGAAGGUGGCCAACAGCCCGCUGUCCAUCAAGAUCUUCCCCACCAACAUCCGUGUGCCCCAGCACAAGCACCUCAGCCGCACAGUCAAUGGCUAUGACACCAGUGGCCAGCGCUACAGCCCCUACCCACAGCACACCGCUGGCUACCAGGGCCUUCUGGCCAUUGUCAAGGCCGCGGUUUCCUCCUCCAGCACGGCCGCACCAGCUGGGCCCGCCAAAAGUGUGCUCAAGAGCGCCGAGGGCAAGCGGACCAAGCUGUCACCGGCCGCCGUGCAGGUGGGCAUUGCGCCCUACCCAGCGCCCAGCACUCUGGGGCCCUUGGCCUAUCCCAAGCCACCUGAGGCGCCUGCUCCACCACCCGGCCUGCCUGCAGCCGCCACUGCCGCCUCCGUCAUCCCCCUGCCAGGCCGGGGCCUGCCCCUGCCACCUUCCAACCUGCCCUCCAUCCACAGCCUCCUCUACCAGCUCAACCAGCAGUGCCAGGCCCCGGGCGCCGCACCCCCUGCCUGCCAGGGCGUGGCUGUUCCCCAUCCCAGCCCUGCCAAGCACGGCCCAGUGCCCAGCUUCCCGAGCAUGGCCUACUCGGCCGCAGCCGGUCUGCCCGACUGCCGGAAAGGCACUGAGCUGGGCCAGGGAGCCACCCAAGCCUUGACAUUGGCUGGGGCCACCAAGCCUGCAGGGUACGCAGACAGCGGCCUGGAUUACCUGCUGUGGCCGCAGAAACCACCCCCACCACCGCCCCAGCCACUGCGUGCCUACAGUGGGAGCACGGUGGCCAGCAAGUCCCCCGAGGCUUGUGGGGGCCGGGCAUAUGAGCGGGCCAGCGGGUCACCCCUCAACUGUGGCGUGGGGCUGCCCACCAGCUUCACCGUGGGCCAGUACUUUGCAGCCCCCUGGAACAGUGUGCUGGUGACCCCCACCAGCGACUGCUACAACCCGGCGGCGGCAGUGGCAGUCACGGAGCUGGGGCCGGGGGCAGCCCGGGAGCUGGCUGGGCCUCCCGCAGAUGCCCUCUCGGGCCUGCCCAGCAAGAGUGUGUGCAACACAUCGGUGCUGAGCAGCAGCCUGCAGUCGCUGGAGUAUCUCAUCAAUGACAUCCGGCCGCCCUGCAUCAAGGAGCAGAUGCUGGGCAAGGGCUAUGAGACGGUGGCCGUGCCCCGGCUACUCGACCACCAGCAUGCCCACAUCCGCCUACCCGUCUACAGAUAAGGCCUGCCCUGCGGAUGCACGGACACGCGGACGGGGCGUGGAGCAGGGAGGCAGGUGGAAGAACAGGGUGGGCGGCUCACAGGGGCGCUCAGCCCCACCCUGUGCCUGCUGAUGCCCAGAGGGAAGCCAGGCUGGUUGCCGCCUUGCUGUGGCCGGAUGGAGGGUGGCAGGGCAACCUCACAUACCAAGGCCCCUCCCCACCAUCGGUUGCCCCAGGACACAGGGAGGGCCUGGGGGCAGCCACUGACGCCCACGCCUUCCUUUAAGCUGGCAGAGGCAGGGAGAGAAAAACCACUCGAAAACAAGAAUGGCUCUUUCUGGGCCUCCUGGGACAGAGGCCCAGGCUAAGGUGGGGUGCAGGAAGAAACAGGCGCACCAGAGUCAGGGUGGGGGCAGAGCAGCCCCCAGGGGUCAGGCAGCUAUGUCUCCCCACACUGACUCCCCAGUAUUCUGGAAAAGGGGCACAGGAGGCCGAUAGGAAGUCACUGGGCCCAGAAUGUCUCCCCACCAGCCAGGUGAAGACCACUCUGACAGAGGCCCCAGCGACUAUACCAGUCCCCCUGUUCCUCCUCUCCUUGCCCCCACCAUUCCUUGCUAACACAGAGUUGCACCCCAUCCCCAUUCUUCAAACCCUGGACUACCAUCUUCCCUCUUCUCUCCAAUACAUCUUAUAGGGCUGCUGAGUACAGUUGUGCAAGCUGUGCACUGCACAAGGGCACCUUGUCCAAGGAGACACCACUUUCACCCAAACUUGUGUAUUUAUUACAAUUUUCUGCAUCUUGAGGAAGGGGCGUCAUUUUCCUGUUCGCACAAAGGCACCACAGGGGCUAACAAUGGGCCUGCAAUCUUAGAUCCCAUUCAGAGAGAACCUCCCUUGCCUUUGAGGGGUCUCUUGGGACCGUCCUGGUUUUAACUGGGAGGCCUAAUCCAACUCCUUUCCUGCAAACCACCCUCCAAGGCCUGUCCCACACGAUCAAGUGGGGGAAAGACAGGCAGGAGUCCCCUCAUGAAGUCCCCAAGUCCUGGCCCCUCUGGCGCUCUGGAAGCGGUACUGUAUCUCUCUCCAAGGCCUGUUCAAGCACUAAGUGCAUUUACAAAUCUCUGAGAAUGUUUUUUUUUUAUACUAAAAUUGACCAUUAUAUUCUACUGUGAGAAGUGCAGUCUGCACUAUAUUGUUUUAAAAACGAAGAGAAAGAAAAAAAAAGGAAAACACAGAUGGUGCCUCA